UCAGUAAUGACACAAAACGGAUUUUAAUUUUCCCAUAUAGCGCACUGUAGUUUAUAUUUACACGCAUAACACGGUUUUCAUCUGGGUCAGAAUUUGGUUCUCUGGAAACCGAAUUCCCAUUUGCAACGGUGGAUUCACAGUUUGAAAUUCGUUAGUGAGAGACCCACUCACAUAUUCAUUCUUCUUACCCUAGUCGUCGUUCCCUUUUUUCUUCUUCAUCUCCACUCCAAUUUUCUGUCAUUCCCUUUCUUCUUCUUCAUCUCCACUCCAAUUUUGUUUUUUGUUCUUCACACCGGAAGGCACCCACUCCACCAUUGAACUCCUUUGCACAAGGUUUUAUGAACAAAGUAUGAGGAGGUUAUUGGAGAUGAAGGAACUCACGAUUUGACAUUAUAGCAUGCAUGCAGGGUGGCAGAGAAGUGCGGUGAUCCACAAAUCUCACAAAUCCUGACUUGUAACAUUUUCACCUCGUAUUUUGGUUUUGUUUUUGUUUGUGUUCUUAUUGUUUUGAAUCAGUAAAAUUCCUGGAGCAGGGGACCAUUUUGUUUCUUGUUACCAUAUAUUUGGUUAUAAGUUCAGACCCACCAAAGCCUGUAGUUUCUUUUGUGAAUGACAUUGAUUUUUAAUGGAGAACAUUCUGGGUCUUAUCAAACUUCGUAUCAAAAAAGGCUCUAAUCUCAAAGCUUGCGACACUCGUACCAGUGACCCUUAUGUCUUUGUCACCAUGGCCGAACAGCAACUGAGAACUAGUGUUGCAAAAGAUACCUUAAAUCCUGAGUGGAAUGAAGAACUGACCCUUUAUGUAAAAGAUGUUAACAUUCCAAUACUUGUGACAGUUACAGACAAAGACACUUUCACACCAGAUGACAACAUGGGAGAUGCAGAAAUAGACUUAAAGCCAUAUCUUCAGUGUGUGAAGAUGGAGUUAAGAGAUCUGGCAGAGGGUCACAUAGUGAAGCAGAUUCAACCAGAUAGGACUAACUGCCUUGCUGAAGACAGCAACUGCAUAUGGAAAAAUGAUAAACUCAUCCAAGAGAUGACUUUAAGAUUGAGAAAUGUCAAGCAUGGGGAAAUAACUGUAGAAAUUGGGUGGGUUACUCUUCCAGAUUCAAAAGGCUUAUCACAAGUUCAGUUUUAGGUGUUCCUACUUGCCUUAACUUUAUGUUGUUUUCCAUGUUUUACUAUGUAACUUUGGAGUAACAUCUAGAAUGUGGCAAGUUACACAAAUAUAUGUACUAAUAAUAAAGUGUUUUACCAUUAUUUUCUCUAAGAA